CUUCCCGCCCGCUCUUCCGGGACACGUUUGGCAUUUCCACGCAAAAGCUGCCGAAGCCCCGGAGAAUAAACACACAGUAGAAGCCCACAAGCCAGUUAAGGAGCGUGGCCCCGCUAGCCCAGCAACGUGCUCAUUGCCGCACCCGGCUCGCUCUCAUCUCUUUUCUGCAUGGCUGGACACGCUUCCCGGAGAAGCUGCACUGCAGCCGCCAGCCAUGGGGGUCCACAGGCCUUCUUGGACACCGCAAGGAUGCGUCAUUUGGCAUGCCAGACUCCCCGUUUUAAAAACGGAUUUGGUGCAUCAAGGAGCCUGAUGGGCAGCAAAAGAAAGAUCUGAGAGUUGUGGAAAGGGAAACCAAGGAGCAGGUAUGCUGUGAACAGUAUUGGGGACAGUGUGGAAGACCCUGAUGGAGACUCCAGGUUCUCAGAUGUCAUCCUGGCAACAAUUCUGGCUACCAAAUCGGAUAUGUGUGGCAAAAAGUUUGAGCUGAAGAUUGACAACAUCCGUUUCGUUGGCCACCCAACACUGCUUCAGCAUGCCUUUGGGCAGAUAUCCAAGACAGACCCCUCCCCAAAGAGAGAGAUGCCCACAAUGAUUCUCUUCAACGUUGUGUUUGCCUUAAGGGCCACUGCAGACCCCUCUGUGAUCAGCUGCCUGCACAACCUUUCCCGCCGCAUCGCCAUUGUUCUCCAGCACGAGGAACGCCGCUGCCAGUACCUCACCAGAGAGGCCAAACUCAUCUUGGCCAUUCAGGACGAAGUGUCAGCCAUGUCAGAAAGCACUGAAGGACCACAGUCCCCUUUUCUCCACAUCCUUCCCAAAUGCAAACUGGCCAGGGACCUGAAGGAGGCCUAUGACAGCCUCUGCACAACGGGGGUGGUCCAGCUGCACAUCAACCACUGGCUGGAGGUGAGCUUCUGCCUGCCUCACAAGAUCCAUUCAGCAGCCUCCCAUCUCAUCCCCCCAGAAGCCAUUGAGAGGAGCCUGAAGGCAAUUCGGCCUUACCAUGCCCUGCUGCUUCUGAAAGAUGAGAAGUCCCUCCUCAGCGAGCUCCCCUUGGACUGUUCCCCUGCUCUGGUCCGUGUCAUCAGGACCACCUCGGCUGUGAAGAACCUCCAGCAGCUGGCCCAGGAUGCUGACCUGGCCCUGCUCCAGGUGUUCCAGCUGGCUGCACACCUGGUGUACUGGGGAAAAGCCAUCAUCGUCUACCCACUCUGCGAGAACAAUGUCUACAUGCUCUCUCCCACCGCUGGCAUCUGCCUUUACUCCCCUCUGGCAGACAGAUUCUCCUGCCAGUUUCCGGGUCAUGAUCUGCCCUCAGUUCUGUCCAAGUUCUCCUUGCCAGUUUCUCUGUCAGAGUUCAAGGAUCCUCUUGCUCCGCCAGUGCAGGAGACGCAGCUCAUACAGAUGGUGGUCUGGAUGCUCCAGCAUCGGCUCCUCAUCCAGCUCCACACCUACGCCUGCCUGAUGGCUCCCCCAAAGGAAGAGGACCUGCGGGCCCGAGCGGACGAACGGCCCCUUGCUGCCCGGGCUGGCGGCCGAAGCCUCAGCACCCCAAACGCACUCAGCUUCGGCUCUCCCGCCAGCAGUGACGACAUGACCCUCACCAGCCCCAGCAUGGAUAACUCCAGUGCAGAGCUGCUGCCAGGCGGAGACUCGCCCGUGAACAAGCGCAUGACGGAGAACCUGUUGACGAGCCUCUCGGAGCAUGAGCAAGAAGCUAUUCUCAGUGUCCCAGCGGCUCACAACCCAGAAGACCUGCGCAUGUUUGCCAGGCUGCUGCAUUAUUUCCGAGGGCACCAUCACCUGGAGGAGAUCAUGUACAACGAGAAUAUGCGUCGCUCCCACCUGCUCAUGCUCUUUGACAAGUUCCGCAGUGUGCUGGUCGUGACCAACCAUGAGGAUCCUGUCAUUUCGGUCUUUCAGUCCUUCCAGAAAUCCCUUUUUAAAAAUUGGUGUUACCGAACCGACAUCAAGGACAGAAUUCCAGAGGGGCAAAAGAAACAAAAACCGGCCUUGCGGCCCCACGAAGACAAACUGAGCCUGCCCUGCACUUUCCUGGACACUGCGUGAUGCGUCGGGAAGACGCGGUGUCCAUAAAAGCCUGGACAUGCGAAGGGGCCACAUGACAUCCUCGCAGAGGCCUCCAUUCAGCGGCACGUGGGGCCUGCAGUAUGCUUGCCUGCCUGCCUGCCUGCCUGGAGAGAGGGGCCGGGAGAGGGAGAGGCGGAGCGUGUCGCGGGGACGUGUCCGCACAGCCCUCCUGAGCACCUGGCAGCCGGCACUUUGCAGUCAAGAGGGCCUGCCGGCUCCCAUUGCUUACCUUGGCUAGAGACAUUCAAGCAGAAGUAAAUCCCGUAGAUUUGGUACACAUA